GGAACGAACCUGCAACCACCGCAGAGCAAGCCAUCGAAUCGAAUCGAGCGGAACCAAAGCCAAGAAGAGUUUCCUCGUUGCUAGCGCCGCUAAGUAGACGUCGUCGGCGAUGGGCAAGAUCAAGAUGCCGGCCCUGUUCCGCCGCCGCUCCUCCUCCAAGUCGCGCUCCGCCUCCCCGCCGCCGCCUCCCCAGGAGGAGCGGGAGGAGAACCGGCCGGCGUCGGGCGCGGGGUCCCCGGCGCGGUCGGCGGAGGAGGAGAUGGAGCGGGUGUUCCGCAAGUUCGACGCCAACGGCGACGGCCGGAUCUCGCGGCCGGAGCUGGCCGCCCUCUUCGAGAGCCUGGGCCACGCGGCCACCGAGGACGAGCUGACCCGCAUGAUGGCCGAGGCGGACGCGGACGGCGACGGCUUCAUCAGCCUGGAGGAGUUCGCGGCGCUCAACGCCACCGCGCCCGGCGACGACGAGGAGGACCUGCGGCUCGCCUUCAAGGUGUUCGACGCGGACGGCAGCGGCGACAUCUCCGCCGCGGAGCUGGCGCGCGUGCUCCACGUCCUCGGCGAGAAGGCCACGGUCCAGCAGUGCCGCCGCAUGAUCGAGGGCGUGGACAAGAACGGCGACGGCCUCAUCUCCUUCGACGAGUUCAAGGUCAUGAUGGCCUCCGGCUUCGCCGCCAAGAUGGCCUGAUCCAUCCAUCCAUCCGACCGGCGGCAACGAAGAAAGCUGUACAUACAUGAGAAGAGCUACGGUUUGGCCACUCACCAGUCUCCAAGCUGAGCCGAACAUCGCUAUCCCAAAGCGAACCCCAUUGGCCAUGGUGGUGCCUCCGGAAGAAUUGCGAAGGUCGAGCUGAAGGGCACGCACUGCUGCGACAUGCCGGAGUGCACGCGGACGGCAUCUCUCAGGGGUCAUGGAGUCGUGUUUUUCAUCACUACGUGACGGACCCGGCGACGCUUCAAGUGAAGGUCGUCGCAAACAAAGGAAGAUGUUUAGUGAUGUAAUACUUGUUCAUGAGAGUAGCGGGAUACCGUUCAACAAAUAUUGGUUUAGUUUAGAAAAAUAAAAUGUACAGUACCAUUCCAAAAGUUGGUUGUGAAAUUUUGAAGAAAAAAAAAGUUCGUUGUUUUUUUA